AUGGCUGAGCAAUUGAGGUUCGACGGCCAGGUCGUCGUUGUCACCGGUGCCGGCGGUGGUCUUGGUAAGGCCUACUGCCUGUUCUUCGGCUCGCGCGGUGCUUCCGUCGUCGUCAACGACCUCGGUGCUUCCUUCAAGGGCGAGGGCAACUCUACCAAGGCUGCCGAUGUGGUUGUCAACGAGAUCAAGGCCGCUGGCGGCAAGGCCGUCGCCAACUACGACAGCGUCGAGAACGGCGACAAGAUCAUCGAGACCGCCAUCAAGGAGUUCGGCCGCAUCGACAUCCUCAUCAACAACGCCGGUAUCCUCCGCGACAUCUCCUUCAAGAACAUGAAGGAUGAGGACUGGGACCUCAUCUUCAAGGUCCACGUCAAGGGCUCCUACAAGACCGCCCGCGCCGCCUGGCCCUACUUCCGCAAGCAAAAGUUCGGUCGCGUCAUCAACACCGCCUCCGCUGCCGGUCUGUUCGGUAACUUUGGCCAGGCCAACUACUCGGCCGCCAAGCUCGCCAUGGUCGGCUUCACCGAGACCCUCGCCAAGGAGGGCAUCAAGUACAACAUUCUCUCCAACGUCAUUGCUCCUAUCGCUGCCAGCCGCAUGACCGAGACCGUUAUGCCCCCUGAUCUUCUUGCCCUCAUGAAGCCUGAGUGGGUCGUUCCUCUCGUUGCCGUCCUUGUUCACAAGAACAACACCAGCGAGACCGGCGCCAUCUUCGAGGUUGGUGGUGGCCACGUCGCCAAGCUCCGCUGGGAGCGCUCCUCCGGUCUUCUCCUCAAGGCCGACGAGAGCUACACCCCCGGUGCCAUCAUCAAGAAGUGGGAUCAGGUCACCGACUUCUCCAACCCCCAGUACCCCAGCGGUCCCAACGACUUCCUUACCCUCCUCGAGGAGUCCCUCAAGCUCGGGCCCAACGACUCUGGUGAGAAGAUUGACUUCACCGGCCGUGUCGCCCUCGUCACUGGUGGCGGUGCUGGUAUCGGCCGCGCCUACUGCUUGGCUUUUGCCCGCGCUGGUGCUUCCAUCGUUGUCAACGAUCUUGUCAAUCCUGACGAUGUCGUUAACGAGAUCAAGCAGAUGGGUGGCAAGGCCGUUGGCGCCAAGUUCUCCGCUGAGGACGGUGAUGCCGUUGUGAAGGCUGCCAUUGAUGCCUUUGGCCGUAUCGAUAUCGUUGUGAACAACGCUGGUAUCCUUCGUGACAAGGCCUUCAACAACAUGGAUGACAGCCUCUGGGACCCCGUCAUGAACGUCCACGCCCGCGGUACCUACAAGGUCACCAAGGCUGCUUGGCCUUACUUCCUCAAGCAGAAGUAUGGCCGUGUUCUUAACACCACCUCCACUUCUGGUAUCUAUGGCAACUUCGGCCAGGCCAACUACGCUGCUGCCAAAUGCGCCAUCCUUGGCUUCUCCCGCGCCAUUGCCCUCGAGGGUGCCAAGUACAACAUCUAUGUCAACACCAUCGCUCCCAACGCUGGUACUGCCAUGACCAAGACCAUCCUUCCCGAGGAGCUCGUCCAGGCCUUCAAGCCCGACUACAUUGCUCCCCUUGUCCUUGCCCUCUGCAGCGACAAGGUUCCCAAGAACCCCACUGGCGGUCUCUACGAGGUCGGCUCCGGUUGGUGCGGCCAGACCAGGUGGCAGCGCACUUUCGGCCACGGCUUCCCUGUCGACGUUCCUCUUACCCCCGAGGAGGUCGUCAAGCACUGGAACGAUAUCAUCACCUUCGACUCCCGCUCGGACCACCCCGAGAAGGCUUCUGACAGCAUCGAGAAGAUCAUGGCGAACAUGGAGAACCGUGCCGGCGAGGGCAAGUCUGGCGCUGCCGAGAACGAGCACCUUGCUGCUAUCAAGAAGUUCACCGGCCUCGAAGGUAAGGGCACCGAGUACAAGUUCGACGAGCGUGACGUCUGCCUCUACAACCUCGGCAUCGGCGCCAAGCGCACCGACAUCAAGUACAUCUUUGAAGGCAACGAGGACUUCGAGGUCAUCCCCACCUUCGGCGUUAUUCCUCCCUUCAACACCGAGAUGCCCUUCUCCUUCGACGACAUCGUCCCCAACUUCUCCCCAAUGAUGCUCCUCCACGGUGAGCAGUACCUUGAGGUUCGCAAGUACCCCAUCCCCACCUCCGGUCGUCUCAUCUCCAAGGGCAAGCUCCUCGAGGUCGUCGACAAGGGCUCCGCCGCCAUCGCCAAGCAGGGCAUCACCACCUACAACGCCGAGACCGGCGAGGAGCUCUUCUACAACGAGAUGACCGUCUUCCUCCGCGGCUGCGGCGGCUUCGGCGGCCAGAAGAAGCCCACCGACCGUGGCGCCUCCACCGCCGCCAACAAGCCCCCCGCUCGUUCGCCUGACGCCGUCGUUGAGAUCCAGACCACUGAGGAGCAGGCUGCUCUCUACCGUCUCAGCGGCGACUACAACCCCCUCCACGUCGACCCUGCGUUUGCCAAGAUGGGCGGCUUCAAGGUCCCUAUCCUUCACGGUCUCUGCUCCUUCGGUAUCGCUGGCAAGGCCGUGUACGAGAAGUUUGGCAAGUUCAAGAACAUCAAGGUUCGCUUUGCCGGUACCGUUAACCCUGGCCAGACCCUGGUGACGGAGAUGUGGAAGGAGGGUAACAAGGUGGUGUUCCAGACCAAGGUUAAGGAGACGGGCAAGUUGGCUAUUGGUGGUGCCGCUGCUGAGCUUGCUUAA